ACCACCCUUGUUUUGUAUCCUACCGCAGAUGAGUCACGAGAAGUUUUAGCAUUCACGAAGGUUCACUAAAAACGACCCAAAUGUGAGUUAGUGGAGAUGACACAGGUGACCCGAAUGAAAACGCCUUAGCCGGAAGAGCUUCUGGGGAGACGCCGACCCUUAAUUGUGUGAGGUUCGGGCUGCCUACUUUGUUAGCCCACCUGCACUCCGAGCGGAUUUGCUAUUGGAGGAACCACUGUGGCUGCUAGCAAAUCUCGUUAGCCGCUAACUACCGUAGCUAGUAACGAGCUAACUACAGCGGCUAAUAACAAGCUACAUAGCCGCUUCGCCCGAGUGAAGUGAACGGGUCGCGGGGUGUGGAGCGGCACCGCUACUUUUGGAGGACUGGAUAUAUUUAGGGAAGGAAUUCCUUUCCGCCAGAAGUGGUGUUAUCAACCACGGUGGCAGCUGCAUUGUUGUGCCUCUCCCCUGCCUUAUUCUCAUUGUUGGCGAAGCCUCCUGUCUGCACACCGCCGAGUCCAUGUAUGCUAGCAAAGGCUGCAGCCAUCUACAGUGAUGUCUCAUUAGCCAACGAACAUUAGUGUUUUGCUUUUGGCCAUUUAUGUGUGUAUGCGGUCACUGGUACGAGCUUCUGGAGACUGACUGUGCAGUAUCAUCCCACCCCUGACGCCUGUAUAAUAACUGUACUUUCAUGUCGUAUCACCCGACAGCCAGUAGUCCCUCCAAAAGAACCAGACGCGGAGCAUGCAGGAAAAGAAAAUACUUCAGAUAAGUAGAUAGGGGACGUCGGACACAACUGAGAUAAUUUGGACUGUGUGGUUACUCAAACCCUCAAAACAGGGAUUGCAUUUGGAGAAAGGAAAGGAUGAAGAAGUUUUCCAGAAUGCCAAAGUCCGAGAGCGGUGGGCUCGGAGGGACGUCCAGCUCCGGCUCCGGACUCAGCAGCUACUUGGGCAAAGUGUUUGCAAUCGGCCGGUAUCAGGUCACCGUGGACGAGCUUAUUGCUGAAGGAGGCUUUUCGGUGGUGUUUCUGGCUCGCACGCACAGUGGUGUCCGCUGUGCACUCAAAAGGAUGUACGUCAACAACGUCCCGGACCUAAAUGUGUACAAGAGAGAGAUCACUAUCAUGAAGGAGCUGUCAGGUCACAAGAACAUUGUGGGCUACCUGGACUCCACCAUCAACGCGGUGUCGGAAAGCGUCUGGGAGCUCCUGAUCCUCAUGGAAUACUGUAAAGCGGGCCAGGUGGUGAAGCAGAUGAACCAGCGGCUGAAUGUGGGCUUCACUGAGGCCGAGGUCCUCCACAUCUUCUGCGACACCUGUGAGGCCGUGGCCCGCCUCCACCAAUGCAAGACGCCCGUCAUCCACAGAGACCUGAAGGUGAGGAGAACGUUUUCUCCACAGGCACUUGGAUGCUUGUUGUACAAGCUGUGUUUCUUCUCACUUCCAUUUGGGGAGAGUCAAGUUGCCAUUUGUGACGGAACCUUUGUCGUUCCAGAUGACUCCAAAUACUCGUUCAAGUUGCCCUGUCUAAUCAGGUAUAUGCUUGAAACUGACCCGGAGAAGAGACCAGACAUUUACCAAGUGUCCUACUUUGCCUUCAAAUUAGCUGGGAAAGAGUGUCCAGUGCCAAAUCUCUUUGUAAACUCUCCCAUCCCUACAUCGCUCCAGAGCCCUAACUGUCGAGUGUGGGCGCUGCUAGAAGGAAGCAUAACGAAGCCAGAUAACAGGAAAAUCCGCUGGCCCGCACCGAAACCAUCAGCUCCAGACAGCAGGCCAAGCAGGCAAACAGUAACGUCCUGCCCGCUCGCACAACACUGCACCACUGUAAAGAUGACCGUGCACCCUCAACACCCGUCAAGCAACGCCCAGCAAGCUCCCACCCCUGGCUCUGGGCAGCCCCCCGUGCAGCCCCAACCCAGCAGUCAGCAGCACCGGGUCCUGCAGCAGCUACAGCCUGGUGACUUGCGUUUACAGCAGCUACAACAACAACAACAACAACACCACCACCAACAACAACAACAACAACAACAACAACAAGCAGUGCAGCAACAACAUGCAAAUGCACAGCAACUCCAAUACCUCCAGUACCAACAGGCAGUGCAGCAGUCCCUCCAGCUUCAGCAGCAGCAGCAGCAGCAGCAGCAGAUGAUGAUGCAGCCCAUGUACCAGCAGCAGAUUGCCCAGGCUCAGGCCCAAGCUCAGGCCCAAGCUCAGGCUCAGGCCCAGUACGCAGCCAUGCUGCACCAGUACCAACAGGCUUUUAUCCAGCAGCAGCAGCAGCAGCAGCAGCAGCAGCAGCAGCAGCAGCAGCAGCAUCAUCAACAUCAGCAGGAGCUUCUUCAUCAUCAUCAGCACCAGCAGCAGCUUCAUCCCGCUCCGCAGACUCUCCCCUACAUGUCCUCCCCUCUUGAGUUCCAGAUUCCGCUGGGAUCCUAUAACACGACCCCUUCCACUGCUGGAGCUGUGCAGGUGGGGGGGCCGUCACCUGUCGACUCUUCAUACUCUAACCCCAGCAGGAACCCUCUCCUUGCUUCAGAUGGGAUCACGCCCCCCUCUCAGAGCAGCAACAGUACAGCCACUAACCCCCCCGACAUGUCGCGCUGGAACCCCUUUGGUGAGGACAACUUCUCCAAGCUGACCGAGGAGGAGCUGAUCGACCGGGAGUUUGACAGACUGCGAGCAAAUGAGCCAGGGGAGAGAACAUCCAGCGCUGAAAAGGAGCGAGCGCCGCCCGCCGCCUCCACCCUGCUGCCAGAGGACCUGUUCGGCUCAGUCCCGUUCGUGGCCAGCGCAGGUGCAGAUGGGACAAACUCUGAGCCGACCAAUGAGGAGGUCAGCGUUCUUGCCCUCAUCUCAACCCCAGAGGAUCUGCAACCAGUUGCGGCUAAGGAGCACCAAGUGAGCAGAAAGAGCCACUGCGUCCCAGGUGAAGAGUCCGACAGUGACUUUGAAUCCGACCCUCCUUCGCCAAAGAGCAGUGAGGAAGAGGAUCCGGAGGAGGAAGAAGGCCUGAAUAGUGAACAUGGUGAAGACAAUGAGCCAGAGAACUUAGGGCAGAGGCCUCUGUUGAUGGACUCUGAAGAAGAGGGAGAGGAGGAUGAAGACAUGCACAGCUCCGACUCAGAAUUUGACCCCAGCAGGGUCAGGGGCCACUCAAAGAAAGCUCUGGCCAGUAAAGCAGCUGUAGUGACCCCCAGGAGUUCUCCGGAGAGUCCUGCCAUGACUCUGAUUAGCCCUCUGGGGUCUCCGAGCAAAGUGAGAGCUGCUCCAGCUGAAGACUCUGUGGAUGUGUUUGGUUCUGUCCCUUUCCUUGGAGGAACCUCGCCUGUCGGACCAACAGAGAACUCAGACAUAUUUGCUAAAGCCCCUUUCAGGCAAGUUAGCGACGAGCAGCUAACAAGGGACGACUUUGAUGUUUUUACCAAAGCGCCAUUCAACCGGAACCUGUCUAAGUCGGGACAGAGUGGCAGUGAUGUAUCCACAGGCCAGACGCUCUCCAUUUCCCCUGAGCCCAUUGACAUUUUUGGCUUCUCUCCCUUUGAGCCAGGUGCCAUCGCCCCGUUCCCCACAAGCUCCAGAAGCGCAGAAGAUAUCUUCCAUUCAUCUUUCGAGGAGUCGGCCAGCCCUCAGCAGCAGAGACUAAAGCAGCGCAGCCUACAGAAGCUGUCGUCCCGACAGAAGAAAAACAAGCAGGAAAUCACAACAGGCGGCAGCAUCGGCAAACGCCACCACGGUACACCAACCGGAGGUCGUAAGAGCAACAAGUCGACCUACCGCACACCUGAGAGAGUCCGCAGACACAAGAAGGUCGGCCGCAGAGACUCGCAGAGCAGCAACGAGUUCCUCAGCACCUCCGACUCUAAAGAGAACAUCAGCGUUGAUAUAACCAUGGCCGAGGGGACAGACAAAGGAGCUUCUCUCCCAGUAGACGAGGUUUUUCUGGACCCUUUUGGAGCCAAGCCAUUCCAUCCGCAGGACGGCAGUCGGCACAGCCAGUAUCAAGGACUCACUGACAGCACAAGCGGCAUGGGCCCAGCCAAUAGCAAGUCCUGGUCUGGCUCACUUCCCGAUCUUGAAGACAGCAGCAUGGAUGACUUCGGGGCGGUGCCCUUCACAGAAGUGGUCGUCCACAGUGGACCUGAGGAGGAACCGCCCUCACAGCCGGGGGACCUCGACCCGUUCGGAGCUGCGCCUUUUCCAACGAAGGAGUGACUUCCUGUUCUGCCAGGGUCUGUCAAAUAACACCUGAGCACAUUUUCUUUCUUUCUUUCUUGCGAAUAUCUUCAAUCAACCAUGAAACGACAAGCUAACAAAUGCAUAUUUUUUUAAAAGAACAUUAUAAUGCAUCUCUAUUUGAAUAACAUCAAUCCUGUGGAGUGCGAGUGACUGUGCUACAUAUCUUUCAGCUGUUCCCGCUGAGAGCCUUUCAUGCUGCAUCUUAACGCUUGUGAAGACGUUUGAAGCGGAGCAGAAAACCUUCUCGGAAGUCCCACUGUGAUUGUAAGCUUAACGUUCGACUCGCUGCAAAAAGCUCUUUAUGGCUUGCCUUCUCAUCUACCAAUAUUAUUUUUUAGCACCUCGAAGCCUUACCUGAGCUAGCUAGGCUCUGCCUUGCCACACAGUCCCUCGGAAACCACGGCACGGACGUUGGCCUUUUUUGUCGCUGAGAUUCUUCGGGAAUUGACCUUAACCACUUUGUUUUAUUCUUAUUAGAUCUUUCUCUAUGCAUCAUUUAACUCUAGUCUUCACACAGCAAUGUGAAGCUGUCAUCUUUGUUGGAUUACACUUUCUAGAGGGGAUCACACUUUAUUGUACUUCCCUAAAAUGCGAAUUGAAUCAGGUAUACAUUUUGGCUCUUAACUGUUUUAUCCUUUUUAACCGUAAACUUUGAGGUAAGUAAUGUUAAUUUUAAAUUUCUAUUCUAUAACUCAACAUAUUUUGUUAGAAAUAAGGAAUUAAUAAAACACAAACACAUUAGAUCACUGUUCUUAGAUCCCUUUUAAAAUCCCACAAGGUGUACCUCCAUUUUCUCAGAAAGUGCUUCUCACAUUGGAACCCAUAACAUUUUCAUUCAAAUCCACGCUCAAGGAUGAAAACACAAUAUAACGUUUGUUAUUUUUCACAAAUCAUAAGAAAAGACCAACAAUGUGUAAAUCUGAGUGGAACACUUUCUGAAUUCCUGUAUGUGGCUCUCAAACCCAAGCUCAUUGCUUCUUACUGAAGCCUUGUCAAGAUUGAUACCUAUCUGUAGAUCUACAGUCAAGAGACCCUUAGCUUAGCUUAGCAUAGCACUGAUAAAAGUGAAAAUCGCUAGCCUGGCUUUGACCAACUGUACCAAAAUGUGCUUACCAACACAUAUAAAGUUUAACAAUAAGUACUAAAAGUGUGUGGGUUUUUAAUAUAUGUUUACAGGAAGUUAUUUACAACACUAUUUCUUGAACUGGAGCAGUGACGUCCUCGGGUCCCAGGGGUUUCCGUGAAACCUCAAGGUGACGAAAAGACUAAAGACAUGUGAUGGUAGGCAGACUGAGCUACCUUUUAGACGGAGCCAGGCUAGCUUUUUUUCCCAUAACACUAACCUGCUAAUGCUUUCUAUUGAAAGCAUAGAUAUGUGUGUGGCAUUAAUCUCCUCAUCAAACUAUCAGCAAAAAAUAUAUCAUUUUAUAUAAAUACAAAUGUUGUGCAGCAGAACACUGUGUGCUGAGUUGAGUCUAGACAUGACUUUAGUCAACUAAUUGGUCGUAAUUUAGUUAUGUAUUUUUUCACUUGGUUGAAUUCAUUCUAGCAAACGUAUGAGCACCACUCUUGUAUUCACAAGUUUUAAAAUGGUUGCUUUUCAAUCAUUCUUUCUGAAAAACUCAGUUUUAUAGAUCUGUCCAUAACGUGAACUAAUUGAGGACUGCCAGAGAAAGAGCAAUGGGGUUUCAGGCAUUAGCUACAAGGCCAUCAUUUGUCUUAAAGAUUAUACAUAUUGGUCUUUUAAUGUUAUUUGUUCAAUAUAACAAAUAAUAAUGCAUGUCUUUCCACAAAAUAUCAAUUGGUGUAUUCACAAAGAGAAACACAUUAAAACCCAAUGAGAUAACUGUAAUGUGUAUUCAGGUCAUUUGUACUUAUAGAUGCACUUGUCGGUACUGAAUUAUUCCAUUAUCUUGUUCUGUGUGCUCUAGAAUGAAGGCCUUUAACACUGAUUUACCUUCACAACCUUUGGCUCAUUGAAUUAAACCUGCAGGUCGCCGUGUUUGACCAGUGGAACCAUUUGAUACAACUACUUUCCAGCUUUGAUUUUUUUCACAAGGGUAUCUCUGAUAUUGUAUUUAUCAUGCUUUACUGCGGUUUGAUGCAAUAAAAAAAAAAGAAGAGUCAUCU